CUCAGAAAAAUCAUUUUUUUUUGCAAAGAAAACCAAGAUUCUCAUGUUUCUUGAUUAACCCCAAGAGAAAAUGAGAUCAGUGAAGGUGAAGCUGCUCAAGAAAAUCAAAACAAUGAGACAUUGUAAGCAAGAAAGAGUCCUGCGUUUGAAGGCUUCCGAUGGGUACAUUCCGGAAUCGCCUCCUCUUCCUCGUCCUCCGCCGCCGCCUCCGCCGGCGACCCAACCCCACUUUCCGUCAGCCACCAUUUCUGCUCAACAACAAGAAGAAGAACCCAGAUUUACCCCUGUCCGAGAUCAAGUGCCAGAAAUCAUAGAAGUUUCAGAGCUGAUGAAGGAUCUUGAAGAUGAAGAAAUGGAGUUCCUUGAUGAGGUAGAUGACAAAGAGAACCUCAUACCCGUCCUUGAGGCAAAAAUUUCGAAGAAUUUCAGCCCAACGAAUCCAAAGAUUGAAUCUUUGAGAAUUUUCAAUUCAAGAAUUGCCCCCUUCUCUGAGAUUGAUUCAAUUGAAGAUGAUGAUGAAGAUGAUCAGCAAGAACCUCCAGCGAAAGCUAGGAGAAUAAUGGAAAAAACAAAUCCUUUUUCAGAUUUUGAAGAGAAGUGUCCACCAGGAGGAAGUGAUUCAGUGAUUCUAUACACAACAGGGCUGAGAGGGAUUCCAAAGACAUAUGAGGACUGCCAAAACAUGACAUCUCUUCUAAAAGAUUUUCAGGUUUUGUUCUUCGAGAGAGACAUCUCGAUACAUUCGGAGUUCAAGGAGGAAUUGUGGGAAUUAUUAGGACAAAAGGUGCUUCCACCAAGGCUGUUCAUAAGAGGGAGGUACAUUGGAGGAGCUGAACAAGUGUUUGCCUUACAUGAACAAGGGAAGCUUAAGCCUCUUCUUGAAGGCAUUCCUCUUGAUGAUCUUCAAGAACCCUGUGGUGGGUGUGUUGGGAUGAGGUUCAUCUUGUGUUUCAGGUGCAGUGGGAGCAAAAGACUUCAUCUUGAUCACAAUGAUGGUGAUGAUCAUGGUGAGUGGACGAAAUGCCCGGAGUGCAAUGAGAAUGGAUUGAUUGUCUGCCCUUUCUGUUCUUGAAUGGAUUGGUUCUUCUCAAUCUAACUCGCUCUAUUCAAAUAGGGCAAUUGUGGUUUGACAAGUAACGACGAUCACACUUUGUUACUUGUUGGAUUGCGAUUGUCCUCUUUUGAAUCGGACGAUUAAGAUUGAGUAUUUGAUAUAUAUAUAGUAUAUGCGGAUCUCGCUUAAAUGUAAUCGUAGGAGAAUAAAAGUUGAGUUGGGUU